ACGCAAAUGGCGGACGUUGUAAACAGAGCCAGCAGCUUCUCGGAGGCCGAAGCGAAACGUGACUUUUCGAGAUGAAUAACGUGGAGAUCGAGCGGAUGGACAGCCUGGAGGGCUGGGUGGCCGUGAAGAGCAACAUCUUCGAAGAGCUCGAGCCCUUCAAGCUGGGCUUCAUCGUGCAGUGGAACGUCAUCGAGUGCAAGUUCGCCGUCACCUGCCACAACCGGACCCUCCAGCGGCAGAGACGCAAAGCCGAAGAGGUCCCCGGGGACCCCCAGAUGAGCUGGGCUGGACUCUUCUCCGUGUGCGACCUGAAACACGUCCACCAGCAGUUUGAAUGCGUGGCCGACGUCCUGGGGACCUGCUUCCCGGAUCUGUCGCAGUUCGAAGACGGCAACAUUUGGGACUUGCUCUUCCUGAACCGGAGGUCCGGUCCGGAAGACGACGACGCCGACGAGAGGGACUUCGAGGCGCCGUGUCGGAAACUCGAAAAAUACUUCAGCGCGGCCAUCGACAUCUGCGGGCGGAAGAUUGUGCUCGACACGCUGUUCACGCAGGAUGAGCGCGACGUCGAGGAGUACUUUGAAAACCUGCAGGAGUUCAAGAGGAAGACCAUGCAGGAGGAGAUCUCGAGGGCGAAGGGCCUCGUGCGACAGCUCCUGCAGAGUCACAGCAGUGCAGACCGAAUGGUCGCUCUGCUCAGCGUCUACGAGGAGGAGGACGAGGCCUACCAGGACCUGGUCACCGUGGCCACCACCUUCUUCCAGUAUCUGCUGCAGCCUUUCAGGGACAUGAGAGAGCUGGCUUGCCUCUACAAGAUGGAGAUCCUGAAGUCCUUGGAGUUUGAGGACUUGGGUCCUAAGAGAAUUGCAGCUCUGGAGAAGGAGGCGGAGGAGUGGAGAAUGAAAGCAGACGACGCAGUCGCCUCAAUUCAGGACAUCACCGUCACCUACUUUGCACAGACUUCAAAGGCUCUGGCUGGUAUGUUAAAGCAGAUGGAGGACGAUAAGUGUCGUUUUGGAGCUGCUGCCUGGGCGUCUGCAGCUCCCAGACUGGAGAAACUGCGAUUCCUUUUAGCCAAAGAAACGCUGCAGCAUAUGAGAGCUGCAGAGAUGUGCCUCAGCCGCAAGAAGGAAGGCAUCAGACAACAGUUGGGCAGCCUGUCUGGCAGAGUCAGGAGCCACAGAACUGAUUCCAGGUCCGCGCCUGACGACGACGAGCAGGACACAGUGGACGAGCUGGAGCUGAAAUUCUAUGAAACCCAACUAGAACUGUACGACACCAAGUUUGAGAUCCUGAAGAAUGAGGAGCAGCUGCUGGUGGCUCAGAUAGACACGGUGCGGCGGCAGAUCAAAGAGCUGAAGGAGGAGGUGGUGUACUAUGAUGUGUGUGAGGAUCUGGAGGAGCUGCAGAGCAUGCUCCACACGGGCGCUAAGCAAACCGACCCUCCGGCUGUCAGUCAGCUCAAAAGACGCCUUCAGACCUUGGAGACCAAGAGAGGCAACAUCUGUGCCCGGCGAGCGUAUCUCCGCAACAAAAAGGAUCAGUGCAUGGAGGCCAACGAGCAGAGGCAGCUUCCUGCCAAGCAGAGCUCCAUACUCUUCAACCAGCAUCAUCAGGUCCACAUGAAACGAGAGAAGAGGAAGGAGGAGGAUCAGAGGAGGAAACAGUGGGUGGACCAGGAGCGAGAGAAGACUCUGAGCCGAUUACGAUCCUUCAGAGAGAGGCGACAGGGCCAGUUCAUCCUGAAGACUCCUCAGUCCUGGAUGUCUCCUUCAGAAGUGCCGUGUCCUUCCCAGCCGCUAUCCAUCAUCAGCCUCGGCCCCCCCGGAGGACCGCCCUCCAUCCGCCCGACACCCAGACGCAGUAAAACGCCCAAGAAACAGCAGCCGAAAGACAUCCCAGUCCAAAUCUACUCCGCACCGCCACCUCCAACAACCACCUGCCCGACUGCACCUCCACCUCCCCCACCACUACCACCACCACCCCCUCCCCCACCACUGCCCCCUGCCAUGCCUCCUCCGCCUGACCAAGCGUCGCCUUCCUCCGAAGACACACCAAGGCCUCUCAGCGAAAAACAGGACCCUCCUUUUCCAGCCAAGAACAUGCUCAAACAAAAUAUAGGAACAAUGGAUGAGGUGUUGGCCUCAUUGCAACGUGGGCAGAUUCAGCUUCGGAAGGCCCCCACACCCAGGACGGCGUCCCCUGCUGUGGGCACGAGGAGCAAUCUGAUGUCUGCCAUCCGACAGGGAGUCACCCUGAAGAAGAUGGUUCAUGUGCACGCAGACGCCCCGAGCAGCGGAGACAACGACCUGGAGCGCAGCAUCAAAGCCGCCAUGAUGAGGAUGAAGAAGGUGGCAGCGGAUUCUGACGACGACGACAGAGGAGACGACGACGAGACUCACAGUACAGACUGGGACAGCUGAGAACACUCAUGUGUAUAUAUAUGUGUGUGUGUGUGUGUAUAUAUGAAGCUGUUCUUCUUCCCCCCCCGCUCUGUUUUCUUCACAGUUCUGAGCUACAGCUCACGUGGCUGCCAAAUGUUCACCGGGAUUACGCUUCUUCCUCACGUAAACAGUGCAGUUUUUUUAAAUGGCCCUGAGAUGUCAUCAGACUUUCAAAUCCAACCAACCAGCUCGUGGUUGCUGCUGUUUUCAUUCUUUUUUUUUUUUUAAAUUUAAGAAAUCCCAAACUGAGCGAAUGAGGCUCCAACGCUCAUUAAGAAGAGAAGCCAAGCAGCAGUGCUGUAUGUAGUACAGCGUGUAAAUGAUUGAAAUGUCUUCCAACUCGCCAUAUGAAGGCCUUUUUGAGACACACAGCAGGGGAGGCCGGAGAGACGGCCACGCUGCUCAGCUCCACCGUCACGAAGUCCCCACACAAGAGGAAGCUCGGCGGACUUCUCUCAUUCUGAAUGUAAUUAAAUCAGAUCUCUUUAUUUUACUUGACUUCACCCAAAUAAGGGCUACAGCACAGUUUUUAUCUUAUCUUGCAUUUUAUUACUAAACAAAGGAAGAGUUUUGUGCUGAAGUGCAGCAGUGUUAAUUAUUUGCAGCCGACAUGUUUUAAAGUCUACGUCACUGUUUGUAUUACAGGUUUGAUGCACUGUCCCCCACGUGCCUGUUUUUCUCCGUGUGUCGACACUUGUGUGAAUGUGUUAGGCGCGUUUCCGGUGCAAUUUAUACGUUAGUUUCUUCCUCUGUGAUGCCAUGAUGAAAGAAGUGAUAUGUUAAGAAUAGAUAAUAGAUAACCAACAAUGUGUAUUUGUGACACAGAGCACUUACCUGAACAGACCAGGCUAGGAUGUAUUAAGUGCAAAGAAAUUAUACAAUACUGUUUGGCAAACGGCAAUAAACGGUUUGCAGAAGAAAUUA